UGGAAAUCUCGCUGUUUUUUAAUCGCCAUCACCACUGUCCAUGGAUGUGUGAAGGUAGAGCAGGCGACCGCAAAUGUGGCACGAGUUCAACGAGCCAAUCUUCUUAAGAAACUCAUUCCCGUCUACAUGGGAGCUUCAGAAGCACUCAUACGAAAGCCAUUUGUGAUGAAUCCAUUCUUUGGAAUAGAUGGUGUCGGCGAUCGACCUGAUCUUUUCCCAGAAGUCUCUCCUGAGGAUUUCACCAUGCACGAGGCUGAAUCGGCAGCACUUGCGCUGAUCCGCUUGACAACGGAACACGACGGUGUCACCUUAGUGUGUAUAGGACCGUUAACGAAUGUAGCAUUGGCUUACAAAAUUGACAAAAACUUCGCAAAACGCUUGCGAAAGCUUGUUAUCCUUGGAGGGAACUAUUUUGGUGUGGGUAACAUGAGCGAAUUCUCUUCUGCCGAGUUCAAUUUUGGUGCUGACCCGGAAGCAGCAAAGAUCGUCAUGGAAGAGAUGAACACUCCGAUCACUAUGGUGCCGUGGGAAAACGCAUACUUGAAUGGAGCCCAGGUAUGUGCAGAACUCUUAGAAUCCCUACUGUUUCGGUUUUUGGGAAAUCGAUCGAUGCGGAAUGGCGUGAUGUCCAAAAACGGUCGACAGUACGGUUAUUGCGAUGAGAUCGCAGUCGCCAUUGCAAUCAGUGAAAAAGCGAUAGCUAGGAAAACAAAGGAUUUACGACUUGGUAUAGAGCUGUCUGGGCAAAUGACAAGGUUAGUCCAAUGA